AUGGGGAGCGUGCGCUGGGCCUUCCCUUGCGCCGCCUGGCGCCCCUGCCGCCAAGAGUGGUUGCUGGCGGCGCGGUUGGUGCAGCCCGAGGAGAAGGAACGGAUCGGCCGCUUUGUUUUUGCCCGUGAUGCCAAAGCUGCCCUGGCUGGCCGCCUGUUGAUGCGGAAAUUAAUUGCAGAAAAGUUGUCCAUACCCUGGAAUGAAGUAGACUUGCAAAGGACAUCCAAAGGAAAACCGUUCCUGGCAAAUGACAUAGCCGGUAUCUAUCCUAAUUACAACUUCAAUGUUUCUCAUCAAGGAGAUUAUGCAGUUCUUGCAGCUGAGCCUGAACUUCAAGUUGGCAUCGAUAUUAUGAAGACUAAUUUACCAGGUAGCAGCUCCAUUCCCAAUUUCUUUCGCAUCAUGAAGCGACAGUGCACUGAAACAGAGUGGGGUGUAAUCAAGUCUGUUGGUAAUGAAUGGAUGCAGCUGGAUAUGUUUUAUCGGCACUGGGCCUUGAAGGAAAGCUUCUUAAAGGCUGUUGGGGUUGGUAUUGGCUUUAAUUUGCAAAGAAUUGAAUUUAAUGUGUCCCCAUUGCAACUGGAAAUAGGGAAGGUGUACAAGGAGACCAAAAUGCUUCUGGAUGGAGAUAAAGAAGAAGACUGGACAUUUGAGGAAACCCGCUUAGAUGACCAUCAUCAUGUUGCUGUGGCUCUUGGGAAGCAGGAGGAAUUUGGACAGAAGCAUUCUUAUGUAUGUUCCAUGGAGCCUAACCAACCACAGUUUACACUAUUGACUUUUGAAGACUUAGUUGCAUCUGGUAUUCCAAUUGCACCUGAGGAUUCUACAUAUUGGGAUAAUUUUUGUUCUAAGCAGGAGAGUCCAGUGCAACAGAAUUCACAUUCAAGAUGA